AUGGUGCUGGGUUGGAAUGAGAAAUGUGCUGCCCUUGAGUGGGGCACUUACCGUGGCAGUGGUUGUGAAAGGGUGCAGCGCACCCUCAAAAGAGGGGAAAUUGAAGAGCUGCACGAACCCGCAGUCAUUUGCGAACUGCGUUGCGAGAUGGGCGGAUCACCACUGCGCAAGCUACGCUUUUACAAGAAGUUCCUGACGAUCGCGUCGGAAUUCUCCUGGGCGUGCGGGAAAUCCCGAUACGCGACGGACCUCCUCACGAUCCACUCCGCCGGACACAUCUUCGGAUCGUUCGUCUUCGGCCCUCUCUCCGACUACUUCGGCCGAAAGGCGGGAUUCUUCGCGGCGGCCACCGUCCAGUGGAUCUUCGGCCUGGCCCUCAUCCUCGCCCCGAACUUCACCGGCUUCGCGAUUCUCACCUUCAUCUACGCCUGGUCCUUCCCCGCCGUCUUCCAGAUCGGAUUCAUCCUCGCGGUGGAGCAGGUGGGGCCUGACCAUCGGGGACGAAUCAACGUCAUCGUGAAUCUGGCGUGGACGUUGGGGAUGUGCGUGAUCGCCGCCUUCGCUUGGGUCGUUCGGGGUCAUUGGGUCCAUCUCGCCCUCAUCGCCAAUCUCCCCGUCCUGCUUUACUACCUCUACAUUUGGCUGUUGGAGGAGUCGCCGCGCUGGCUCGCGUCCCGUAAUCAGAUGGAGAAAGCGGAGAGCGUUCUGCUGCGAAUCGCCGAGAAGAACGAGGUGGAGGUGCCCAGAGAGAAGCUGGAGAGGAUGUUGAGGGAGGUGGAGGAGAGGGAGCAGCCGGUGAUGCCGCAGUACUUUGCGCUUCUCAGGGGGCCGGUCAUGAGGGCGAGGACUUUCAUCAUGACUUUUUCGUAUUACGUGUCGCUGGCGCUCUACUACGGAUUGCACAUGGACGUGGGGAAUCUCGGGGGAAACCCGUUUCUGAGCACGAUCGUCCUGGCGGGAAUCGAAUUCCCCUCUUAUUACGUGACGUAUCUCGUGAUGGAGAGAUUCGGCCGGAGAUGGACCUCGUGCGGUCUCUUGAUCCUGUCGGCCCUCGGUUGCGCCCUCGUCCCUUCGACCGACUCAGUGAAUUUUGAAAGGCGAUUAAUUUUCGCGUCGUUCCUCGACUCGGUGGGAACGGACGCGAACACGGCAGGUGCGGUACUGCGGAUCGUCUGGGCGGUGGUGGCGAAAUUCGGGGUGUCGGGUGCUUACCAGGUCAUCUAUCAGCAGCAGGUGGAGAUCUUCCCGACCGUGCUUCGCUCAACCGGGAUGGCGUUCGUCUCGGUCGUCUCGGCUGUUCUUGCUAUUCCCAUUCCUUAUCUGCUCUAUCUGGGGGAGAUCCACAUCGCGAUUCCAUACGCGACGUGGGCAGUUUUGUCGCUGGCGGCGGGGAUCGUGGCCAGUUUCCUUCCGGAGACCUUGAAGAAAGAUCUUCCGGACACUUUGGAAGAUUCCGAGCUCUUCGGGAAGACACAGAAGUUCUGGUCUUUCAACCUGGCUCCCCCCAAAUCCGGGAUGGUCUGA